AUGUUGCUAUCCAAAGGAAUUCUUUCAGCUAAUGAGUUCGCUACUUUGACGAAAGAGUUAAACCAGGCGCGAGAGCAACUCUUGGAGAGAGAAGAGGAGAUAUCCGAACUCAAAGCCGAAAGGAACAAUACAAGAUUACUGUUGGAGCACCUAGAAUGUCUGGUCUCGAGGCACGAGCGGUCGCUCCGCAUGACGGUGGUGAAGAGGCAGGCUGCCGCGCAGUCCGGCGUCUCCUCGGAGGUGGAGGUGCUCAAGGCACUCAAGAGCCUCUUCGAGCAUCACAAGGCCUUAGACGAGAAGGUCCGGGAGAGACUUCGUGUGGCACUAGAAAGGAACACGGCGUUAGAAGAAGAGCUAGCCUUAACCAAAGAAGAAUUACAGCAGUAUAAAUCAUCAAGCGCGCAAGAGAGUGAGAAGCCGAAAGAGAAUGGCAGCGUGGGUGGUUCCCCUGAACAAAAUGGCGAACAGCAACAAACUAAGGAGCAAAGUAGUGUUAACGGCGAAUCCGAGAGCAACAAGAAACUCACUGAGCUCCAAAAUACGAUCGCUAAGCAGUCAGCAGAGCUCAGUUCUUGGCAGCGGCGUGUGGCCGAGCUGAACAAUAAGGUCACGGAGCUUGAAGAGAAACUGUCGAAGGGCGAAAAGGAACUCAUCAAGAAGCAAGAGGAAUGCGCUAAGUUGCAGCGUGAUCUGAGAGAGAACGUCGCUCAGAAAGAGGACCAGGAGGAAAGAAUAGCAACCCUGGAGAAGCGAUACCUCAAUGCACAGCGAGAAUCCACCUCCCUCCACGAUCUGAACGAAAAGCUAGAACAGGAGUUGCAGCACAAACAAGCGCAGCUAAAGCUCCAAGAAGAGAAGAUAGCUGCCAUAGAAGAGAAGUUGGAACUAUCCACGCAGAAAUUGGCGCAAAUGUCUUCCCUUCCAGAGAUGGAAGAACAACUAAAGGCUAGAAUGGAAGCUCUAAAUCAGGCUCAAGAGCGGCACGGUUCGGCUGAAGACAGAAUACAGAGGCUGGAGGCGAGCGUGGAGGAGAAGAACGCGGAGCUGAUGAGACUGAACCAGCGGCUGCGGAUGAACGAGGAGCACAACACGAGACUCUCGGCCACCGUCGACAAAUUGCUCUCUGAAUCCAACGAGAGGUUACAAGUACACCUUAAAGAGCGAAUGCACUCGUUAGACGAGAAGAACGCGUUAACGCAAGAACUGGAGAAGACGAGAAAGUAUGCCGACGAACUGCUAGCAGAGAAGCAGGAGAUACUCAAGGAGUUGGCCAAAUGGCGCAUGGAGACCGAGCAGCUGAAGCGGCAGCUGCUGCAGCAGGAGAUCGCGUUCAACAUCCAGCAGACGGACGCGCUCACGCGCUCGCUGUCACCCGCCGCGCAGGCUGCCCCGCCUCAGCAAGUGCCGCUCUUCGCGCCCAAGCUGGACGGCUCGUGGGAGAAGCUGCAACAAGCGCACGUGCUCGCCAACGUGCAGCAGGCGUACGACGUCUCCAGCGAUGCCGAGAACGACGAGUCCGAUGGCGGCGUAGAAGGUGGGCAUACUGACGCUGCUGCCUUAGCGCUGAUGCUGCAAGAGCAGCUGGACGCCAUCAACACGGAGAUCAGACUUAUCCAGGAAGAGAAGCAGAGCACGGAGGCGAGAGCGGAGGAACUCGAGUCCAGGGUGGGCAGCUACGAGCAUAUGAACGUGGUGGCGCGGCGCGACUCGCCGCCGCCCGCCUCGCCCUCGCGCCCGCACCACCACAAGUACCACACGGCGCCGGCCUCGAUGUCGCCCGCGCACCACUACCGCACGCCGCCCUCCUCCGAGAGCCUCCCCUCCAGUCAGCUGCAGCUGUGCGAGGAGGCGAGUGCCGGCGGUGCGGGGGCCGCGGGGGCGGAGGGUGGUGCGUCGCCGCUGACGGCGCGCUCGCUGCGGCUGGAGCGUGCGGCGCGCGCGCUGCACGCUGAGCGGGAUCGUCUGCGCACGCACUACCCCGCGCCCUACGAUUCUGGAUCUCCCGGCAGUUCGAGUCAAGAGUCGUUGUCGCUGGGUGCGAGCGGGUGGGGCGGGGCGGGCGCUAUGGGGGGCGGCGCUUCGCCGUCGCUGCCGCGCGCGGCCGCCUCCGCCGUGUCCAUCGCCUCCAUGCACCAGCAGAAGAAGAGGGGCAUCAAGAGCUCGCUUGGAAGGUUCUUCAGCAAAAAGGACAAGGCUGGUCUACCUCUUUCUCAGGGUGCAAGUCCGCGUUCUCUAUCAUCGGCGUCGUCGCUAGGGCUCUCUGGGCUGGCGGACGAUUCCAUGGAAGGUCCGGGUUUGCAUCCUGCGUUGCCGCUACAUCCUCAGCAUCAGCAGCACCAACAACAUCAGCAGGAUUAUGCACGUUCCAAAACGAAGGAGCGCGACUACCGUCACGAGCUGCUGGGCGAGGCGAUGCGCGCGGGCACGCCGUUCGCGCUGUGGAACGGGCCCACGGUGGUGGCGUGGCUCGAGCUGUGGGUGGGCAUGCCCGCCUGGUACGUGGCCGCCUGCCGCGCCAACGUCAAAUCCGGCGCCAUCAUGUCCGCGCUCUCCGACCAGGAGAUACAGCGCGAGAUCGGCAUCAGCAACCCGCUGCACCGGCUGAAGCUGCGGCUGGCCAUCCAGGAGAUGGUGUCGCUGACGUCGCCCUCCGCGCCGCGCGGCACGGCCUGCGCCGCGCUGGCCUUCGGCGACAUGAACCACGAGUGGAUCGGCAACGUCUGGCUGCCGUCGCUCGGCUUACCACAAUAUAGGACAACGUUCAUGGAGUGUCUGGUGGACGCGAGGAUGUUAGAGCACUUAACUAAGAGGGACCUCAGAACGCAACUCAAGAUGGUGGACGGUUUUCACAGAACGUCGCUGCACUUCGGAGUGGCGUGUUUAAAACGAGUAGGAUAUUCUGUGCGAGCGCUUGAGGAGCGACGUCGUGCAGCAGAGCACUGUACUCGUGACGUCCUCGUAUGGACUAACGAGCGCCUGCAGCGCUGGCUCGUCUCCAUCAACCUCAAGGAGUUCGCGAGCAACCUGUCAGAAAGCGGAGUGCAUGGUGCCUUGAUCGCAUUGGACGAAAGCUUCGACGCGAACAGUAUGGCGCUGGCGCUACAGAUACCCACGCAAAACACACAGGCCCGGCAGGUGCUGGAGCUGGAGUUCGCCGCGCUGCUGGCCGCCGCCACCGAGCGCGCGCCGCGCGCGCACGCACACCCGCACCACGCGCCCUCCUGA